AUGAGGAAGCAUCGGCAUUUGCCCUUAGUGGCCAUCCUUUGCCUCUUUCUCUCAGGCUUUUCCGUGACCUAUGCCCAACAGCAACAAGCAGAUGUCAAAAAUGGUGCCGCUGCUGAUAUAAUAUUUCUAGUGGAUUCCUCUUGGAGCAUUGGAAAGGAACAUUUCCAACUUGUUCGAGAGUUUCUAUAUGAUGUUAUAGAAUCUUUAGCUGUGGGAGAGAAUGAUUUCCAUUUUGCUCUGGUCCAGUUCAACGGAAACCCUCAUACCGAGUUCCUGUUAAACACAUACCGCACUAAACAAGAAGUGCUUUCCCAUAUUUCCAACAUGUCUUAUUCUGGGGGAAGCAAUCAGACUGGAAAAGGAUUAGAAUACGUAAUUCAAAACCACCUCUCUGAGGCUGCUGGAAGCCGGGCUGGUGACGGAGUCCCCCAGGUUAUUGUAGUGGUGACCAAUGGACACUCAGAGGACGGCCUUGUUCUACCCUCAGCGGAACUUAAGUCUGCUGAUGUUAACGUGUUUGCAAUUGGAGUUGAGGAUGCAGAUGAAGGAGCGUUAAAAGAAAUAGCAAGUGAACCAGUCAAUAUGCAUGUUUUCAACCUAGAGAACUUUACCUCACUUCAUGACAUAGUAGGAAACUUAGUGGCCUGUGUGCAUUCAUCCGUGCGUCCAGAAAGGGCUGGGGACACGGAAACCUUUAAAGACGUCACAGCACAAGACUCUGCUGACAUUAUUUUCCUUAUUGAUGGAUCAAACAACACCGGAAGUGUCCAUUUCGCAGUCAUUCGAGACUUCCUUAUAAAUCUCCUUGAGAAACUCUCAAUUGGACCCCAGCAGAUCCGAGUGGGGGUGGUCCAGUAUAGCGAUGAGCCCAGAACCAUGUUCUCCUUGGACACCUACUCCUCCAAGGCUCAGGUUCUGGACGCAGUGAAGGCCCUCGCGUUCGCGGGUGGGGAGCUGGCCAACAUUGGCCAGGCCCUUGACUUCCUGGUGGAGAGCCACUUCACCAGGGCAGGGGGCAGCCGAGUGGAGGAAGGGGUCCCUCAGGUGCUGGUUCUCAUAAGUGCCGGGCCCUCUAGUGACGAGAUUGGUGACGGGGUGGUAGCACUGAAGCAGGCUAGCGUGUUCUCGUUCGGCCUCGGAGCCCAGGCCGCCUCCAGGGCAGAGCUGCAGCACAUAGCUACCGAUGACAACUUGGUGUUUACUGUCCCGGAAUUCCGUAGCUUUGGGGAUCUCCAGGAGCAAUUACUGCCCUACAUUGUUGGUGUGGCCCAAAGGCACAUAGUGCUGCAACCGCCAACCAUUGUCACACAAGUCAUCGAGGUCAACAAGAGGGACAUAGUCUUCCUGUUGGAUGGCUCUUCCAAGCUGGGCCUGGCCAACUUCAAUGCCAUCCGAGACUUCAUUGCCAAGGUCCUCCAGAGGCUGGAAAUCGGACAGGAUCUCAUCCAAGUGGCAGUGGCUCAGUAUGCAGACACUGUGAGGCCCGAGUUUUACUUCAAUAGCUACCCCACCAAAAGGGAAGUCGUUGCGGCCGUGAGGAGGAUGAAGCCCCUGGACGGCCCAGCCCUGAACACGGGCUCUGCUCUGGACUUUGUUCGCAACAACCUGUUCAUCAGCUCGGCCGGCUACCGGGCCACAGAGGGGGUUCCCAAGCUCCUGGUGCUGAUCACAGGUGGUAAGUCCCUAGAUGAGGUCAGCCAGCCCGCCCAGGAGCUGAAGAGGAGCAGCAUCAUGGCGUUCGCCAUCGGGAACCAGGCUGCCGACCCAGCGGAGCUGGAAGAGAUCGCCUUUGACUCCUCCCUGGUGUUCAAGCCCGCUGAGUUCCGGGUAACCUCUUUGCAGGGUGUGCUGCCAAGCCUGCUGGCGCCUCUGCGGACCCUCUCUGGAACCACUGAAGUUCGCGUAAACAAAAGGGAUCUCAUCUUCCUUUUGGAUGGAUCGGUCAACGUUGGAAAAGCCAAUUUCCCUUAUGUGCGCGACUUUGUCAUGAACCUAGUUAACAGCCUUGAUGUUGGAAGUGACAAUAUUCGCGUGGGUGUAGUGCAAUAUAGUGACACUCCCGUGACCGAGUUCUCACUAGACACAUACCAGACCAAGUCAGAUCUGCUUGCUCACCUGAGGCAGCUGCAGCUCAAGGGGGGCUCGGGCCUGAACACGGGCUCGGCCCUGAGCUAUGUGCAUGCCAACCACUUCACCGAGUCUGGCGGCAGCAGGAUCCGUGAACACGUGCCACAGCUCCUGCUCCUGCUCACGGCUGGGCCGUCUGACGACUCUUAUUUGCAAGCUGCCAAUGCCCUGGCGCGCGCAGGCGUCCUGACCUUUUGUGUGGGGGUCAGCCAGGCGAAUAAGGCCCAGCUUGAGCACAUUGCUUUUAACCCCAGCCUGGUGUACCUCAUGGACGAUUUCAGCUCCCUGCCAGCUUUGCCUCAGCAGCUGAUCCAACCCCUUACCACAUAUGUUAGCGGAGGUGUGGAGGAAGUCCCCCUCGCGCAACCAGAGAGCAAGAGAGACAUUCUGUUCCUCUUUGAUGGCUCAGCCAACCUCGUGGGUCAGUUCCCUGUUGUCCGCGACUUUCUCUACAAGAUCAUUGACGAGCUUGAUGUGAAGCCAGAGGGGACCCGGAUUGCAGUGGCUCAGUUCAGUGAUGACGUCAAGGUGGAGUCUCGCUUCGAUGAGCAUCCAAACAAGCCCGACAUCCUGAAUGUCGUGAAGAGGAUGAAGAUCAAGACAGGCAGAGCCCUCAACCUGGGCUUCGCCCUGGACUAUGCCCAGAGGUACAUCUUCGUCAAGUCCGCGGGCAGCCGCAUCGAGGAUGGAGUGCUGCAGUUCCUCGUGCUGCUGGUUGCUGGGCGGUCCUCGGACUCCGUGGAUGGGCCAGCAAGUAACCUGAAGCAGAGUGGGGUGGUGCCUUUCAUCUUACAAGCCAAGAACGCAGACCCUGCCGAGCUGGAGCGCAUAGUGCCAUCCUCCGCCUUCAUCCUGGCUGCCGAGUCCCUCCCCAAGAUCGGAGAUCUUCAGCCACAGAUUGUCCAUCUCUUGAAAUCUGUGCACAAUGGAGCCCCACAACCAGUUUCAGGUGAAAAGGACGUGGUGUUUCUGAUCGACAGCUCUGAGGGCGUCAGGAGUGGCUUCACCCUGAUGAAGGAGUUUGUGCAGAGAGUGGUGGAGAGCCUGGAUGUGGGCCCUGAUCGCGUCCGCGUGGCCCUGGUGCAGUACAGUGACCGGACCAGGCCUGAGUUCUACCUGAAUUCCUACAUGGACCAGCAGAGUGUCAUCAGUGCUGUCCGCAGGCUGACCCUGCUGGGCGGGCCGGUCCCCAACACCGGGGCCGCCCUGGACUUUGUGCUGAGGAACAUCCUGAUCAGCUCUGCAGGAAGCAGGAUAGAAGAGGGCGUCCCCCAGCUUCUGAUCGUGCUCACGGCUGAGAGGUCUGGUGAUGACGUGAGGGGCCCCUCGGUGGUCCUGAAGAGGGGCGGGGCAGUGCCCAUCGGCAUUGGCAUUGGCAACGCUGACAUCUCAGAGAUGCAGACCAUCUCCUUCAUCCCAGACUUCGCUGUGGCCAUCCCUACCUUCCGGGAGCUGGGCACUGUCCAGCAGGUCAUCUCUGAGAGGGUGACCCAGCUGAGCCGUGAUGAGCUGAGCAGGUUGCAGCCGAUUUUCCCGCAACCACUGAGCCCAGGAACUGGGAGCAAGAAGGACGUGGUCUUCCUCAUUGAUGGGUCUCAAAGUGCUGGCCCCGAGUUCCAGCACAUACGCUCCCUCCUCGAGAGGCUGGUGGAGUACCUGGACGUGGGCUUCGACACCACCCGGGUAGCAGUCAUCCAGUUCAGCGAGGACCCCAAGGUGGAGUUUCUGCUGAAUGCCCACGCCAGCAAGGACGAGGUGCUGAACGCGGUCAGGCGGCUGCGGCCCAAGGGCGGGAGGCAGGUCAACGUUGGAAAUGCGCUGGAGUACGUGUCCAGGAACAUCUUCAAGAGGCCGCUGGGGAGCCGGAUAGAAGAGGGUGUCCCGCAGUUCCUGGUCCUUAUCUCGUCUGGCAAGUCCGACGACGAGGUGGAGGACGGUGCUGUGGAGCUCAAGCAGUUUGGGGUGGCCCCUUUCACCAUAGCCAGGAACGCAGACCGGGAGGAGCUGGUGAAGAUCUCUCUGAGUCCUGAGUACGUGUUCUCAGUGAGCACCUUCAGGGAGCUGCCCAGCCUGGAGCAGAAACUGCUGACCCCCAUCACCACGCUGACCUCUGAGCAGAUACAGCAGAUCCUGGCCAAUACCCGCUAUCCUCCCCCGGCUGCGGAGAGCGACGCCGCGGACAUUGUCUUCCUGAUCGACAGCUCUGAGGGCGUCCAGACGGAUGGCUUUGCCAACAUCCGGGAUUUUAUUACCAGGAUCGUCCGGAGACUCAACAUCGGCCCCAGCAGAGUGAGAGUCGGGGUCGUGCAGUUCAGCAACGAGGUCUUCCCUGAGUUCUACCUCAAGACCUACAAGUCCCAGGUGCCCGUGCUCGAAGCCCUCCGGCGCCUGAGGCUCCGCGGUGGCUCUCCGCGGAACACGGGCAAAGCGCUGGAGUUUGUGGCAAGAAACCUCUUCGUCAAGUCUGCGGGGAGCCGGAUAGAAGACGGCGUGCCCCAGCACCUUGUCCUGGUUCUGGGUGGAAGGUCUCAGGAUGACGUUUCCAGGUUCUCCAAGGUCAUCAGUUCCUCGGGGAUCAUGACCUUGGGAAUAGGAGACCAGAACGUCGACAAGGCCGAGCUGCAGACCAUCGCCAGCAACUCGAGGCUGGUCUUCCCGGUGCGGGAGUUCAGAGAUCUCCCCAACAUAGAAGUGAGGGUCAUGAACUCCUUCGGACCCUCUGGGGCUACUCCUGAGCCUUCCGUGGAGACACCGCCUCCUUCAAGGCCAGAGAAGAAGAAAGCAGACAUUGUGUUCCUGUUGGACGGGUCCAUCAAUUUCAGGAGGGACACUUUCCAGGAGGUGCUCCGGUUUGUGUCUGAAAUUGUGGACACGGUUUAUGAAGACGGCGACUCCAUCCAAGUGGGGCUAGUCCAGUACAACUCCGACCCCACGGAUGAGUUCUAUCUGCGGGACUUUUCCACCAAGAGGCAGAUCAUUGACGCCAUCAACAAGGUGGUCUACAAAGGGGGUAGACAUGCCAACACCAGGGUGGGCCUGGAGCACCUGAGGAUGAAUCACUUUGUGCCUGAGGCAGGCAGCCGCCUGGAUCAGAGGGUCCCUCAGAUCGCCUUUGUGAUCACCGGCGGGAAGUCAGUGGAGGACGCUCAGGACGUGAGCAUGGCGCUUACCCAGAAAGGCGUCAAAGUGUUUGCAGUCGGUGUGAGGAACAUCGACUCGGAGGAGGUGGGGAAAAUUGCAUCCAACAGUGCCACAGCCUUCCGCGUGGGGAAUGUCCAGGAGCUGUCGGAACUGAGUGAACAGGUCCUGGAAACGCUGCACGAUGCGAUGCAUGAGACCUUAUGUCCUGGUGUGACCGACGUCUCCAAAGCCUGUAAUCUGGAUGUGAUUCUGGGGUUUGAUGGAUCAAGAGAUCAGAAUGUGUUUGUGACUCAGAAGGGCCUUGAGUCCAAGAUGGACAUCAUCUUGAACAGGAUCAGCCAGAUGCAAAGAAUCAGCUGCAGUGGUGGCCAGCUGCCCACCGUGCGGGUAUCGGUGGUAGCCAACACACCCUCAGGGCCGGUGGAGGCCUUUGAAUUCCAGGAGUACCAGCCAGAGCUGUUUGAGACAUUCCGCAACAUGCGCAACCAGCACCCCUACGUCCUCACCGCUGACACGCUGAAGGUCUAUCAGAACAAGUUCCAGAAGUCCUCGCCAGACAGCGUGAAGGUGGUCAUUCACUUCACUGAUGGCGCAGACGGAGAUCUGGCCAACCUGCACAGAGCUUCCGAGGCACUCCGGCAAGAAGGUGUCCACGCCCUGAUCCUGGUGGGCCUGGAGCGGGUAGCCAACCUGGAGCAGCUGACGCAGCUGGAGUUCGGGCGAGGGUUCAUGUACGACAGGCCCCUGCGGCUCAACCUGCUGGAUUUAGACUAUGAACUGGCGGAGCAGCUCGACAACAUUGCUGAGAAGGCUUGCUGUGGGGUUCCCUGCAAGUGCUCUGGAGAAAGGGGAGACCGCGGGCCCAUCGGCACCAUCGGGCCAAAGGGCAUUCCUGGAGAAGACGGCUACCGAGGUUACCCUGGCGAUGAGGGCGGACCCGGCGAGCGAGGUCCCCCUGGUGUGAACGGCACUCAAGGCUUCCAGGGAUGCCCGGGCCAGAGAGGAGUGAAGGGCUCUCGAGGAUUCCCAGGAGAGAAGGGCGAAUUGGGAGAGAUCGGCCUGGACGGUCUCGAUGGGGAAGAGGGAGACAAGGGGCUGCCGGGGUCUUCUGGAGAGAAGGGGAGCCCAGGGAGACGGGGUGACAAAGGACCUAAGGGAGACAAAGGAGAGAGAGGGGACGUGGGGAUCCGUGGUGACCCGGGUGAAUCAGGACGGGACAGCCUGCAGAGAGGACCCAAAGGAGAGACUGGCGACAUCGGCCCCAUGGGUCUCCCAGGGAGAGACGGCGUAUCAGGAAGUCCAGGAGAAACUGGGAAGGAUGGCGGCUUUGGCCGAAGGGGACCCGCAGGAGCUAAGGGCAACAGGGGCGGUCCAGGCCAGCCCGGCUUCGAGGGAGAGCAGGGCACCAGAGGCGCGCAGGGCCUACCUGGUCCCAUUGGUCCUCCAGGCCUGAUUGGGGAGCAAGGUAUUUCUGGACCUCGGGGAAGUGGAGGUCCUGCUGGGGCUCCUGGAGAACGUGGCAGAACUGGUCCCCUGGGAAGAAAGGGCGAGCCUGGAGAGCCAGGGCCAAAGGGAGGAGUCGGGAACCGCGGCCCUCGCGGGGAGACGGGAGAUGACGGGCGAGAUGGAGUUGGCAGUGAAGGACGCAGAGGCAAAAAAGGAGAAAGAGGAUUCCCUGGGUACCCAGGACCAAAGGGAGUCCCUGGUGAGCCUGGGGGAGCUGGAACACCUGGACCCAAAGGCAUCCGAGGCCGAAGGGGAAAUUCAGGACCUCCGGGGGCCGUCGGACAGAAGGGAGACCCUGGCUACCCGGGACCAUCCGGUCACAAGGGCAAUCGAGGCGACUCCAUUGACCAAUGUGCCCUUGUCCAGAGCAUCAAAGACAAAUGCCCUUGCUGCUAUGGGCCCCUGGAAUGCCCCGUCUUCCCGACGGAGCUAGCCUUUGCUUUGGACACCUCUGAGGGGGUCACCCAGGACACGUUCAGCGGGAUGCGAGACGUUCUUCUGAAGGUGGUGGACGGCUUGACCAUUGCGGAGAGCAACUGCCCCAGGGGGGCCCGUGUGGCCGUGGUCACCUACAACAGCGAGGUGACCACAGAGAUCAGGUUUGCCGACUCCAGGAAGAAGGCCGUCCUCCUGGAGAGCAUCCGGAACCUCCAGGUGCCGCUGACCUCCAAGCAGCACAGCCUGGAGACAGCCAUGUCCUUCGUGGCCAGGAACACGUUUAAGCGCGUGAGGAGUGGGUUCCUGAUGAGGAAGGUGGCCGUCUUCUUCAGCAACAAGCCCACCAGGGCCUCCCCGCAGCUGCGGGAGGCCGUGCUCAAGCUCUCGGACGCGGGCAUCACCCCGCUGUUCCUCACGAGCCAGGAGGACCGGCAGCUCGUCAACGCCCUGCAGAUCAACAACACAGCGGUGGGGCACGCCCUCGUCCUGCCUGCAAGGGGGGACCUCACGGACUUCCUGAAGAACGUGCUCACCUGCCACGUUUGCCUGGACAUCUGCAACAUCGACCCAUCCUGCGGAUUUGGCAGCUGGAGGCCAGCCUUCAGGGACAGGAGAGCAGCAGGCAGCGAUGAGGACAUUGACCUGGCUUUCAUCCUGGACAGCUCAGAGGCCACCACUCUGUUCCAGUUCAACGAGAUGAAGAAGUACAUAGGCUACCUGGUCAGGCAGCUGGACCUGAGCCCAGACCCCAAGGCCUCGCAGCACUUUGCCAGGGUGGCCGUCGUGCAGCAAGCCCCCUUCGAGUCUGUGAGCAACGCCAGCGUGCCGCCUGCGCGGGUGGAGUUCUCCCUGACGGACUACGGCUCCAAGGAGAAGCUGCUGGACUUCCUGAGCAGGGGCAUGACGCAACUGCAGGGGACCCAGGCCUUGGGCAGUGCCAUCGAGUACACCAUAGAGAACGUCUUUGAGAGUGCCCCCAACCCCCGGGACCUGAAGAUCGUGGUGCUGAUGCUGACGGGCAAGAUGCAGCAGCAGCAGCUGGAGGAGGCCCAGAGAGCCGUCCUCCAGGCCAAGUGCAAGGGCUACUUCUUUGUGGUCCUGGGCAUUGGCAGGAAGGUGAACGUCAAGGAGGUGUACGGCUUUGCCAGCGAGCCCAACGACGUCUUUUUCAAACUAGUGGACAAGUCGACUGAGCUCAACGAGGAGCCUUUGAUGCGCUUUGGGAGGCUGCUGCCGUCCUUUGUCAGCAGUGAAAAUGCUUUUUACUUGUCCCCAGAUAUUAGGAAACAGUGUGAUUGGUUCCAAGGGGACCAACCAGCAACUGCUAUGAAGUUUGGUCACAAACAAGUAAACAUUCCAAAUAAUGUUACUUCAAGUCCAACAUCCAAACCAGUGACCACAACGAAGCCAGUGACCACAACAAAGCCGGUGACCACCACAACAAAACCAGCCACCAUUGUGAACUUGCCGCCUGCUAAGCCAGCUGCUGCACGACCUGUCCCUGCCAAGCCCGCGCCUGCCAAGCCUGUGGCCACCAAGCCGGCCACGGCCCGACCUGCAGUGGUGGCUAAGCCAGCGGCAGCGGUGAAAUCUGCAGCUGUGAGACCCCCUGCCCCUGCUGCAAGGCCAGCAGCCACCAAGCCCGAGGCUCCUAGGUCCCAGGCCAAGCCAGCUGCCACCAAGCCCGUUGCUGCCAAGCCCGUGGCUAAGGUGUCCCGAGAAGUCCAGGUAUCUGAGAUCACCGAGAACAGUGCCAGACUCCACUGGGAGAAGCCUGAGCCUCCUAGUUCUUAUUUUUAUGACCUUGCUGUCACCUUGGCCCACGACCGGUCCCUGGUUCUGAGGCAGAACCUCACAGUCACCAACCGCGUCAUUGGGGGCCUGCUGGCCGGGCAGACCUACCAUGUGGUGGUGGUCUGCUACCUGCGGUCACAGGUCAAAGCCAUCUACCAAGGAAGCUUCAGUACAAAGAAAACUCAGCCUCCACUUCCACCUCCACAAUCAGCAAGGUCAGCUUCUAGUGCAACCAUCAAUCUAAUGGUGAACACAGAACCCUUGGCUCUUACUGAGACAGAUAUAUGUAAGCUGCCCAUGGAGAUAGGCACCUGCAGGGACUUCAACCUCAAGUGGUACUACGACCCAGGCACCAAGAACUGCGCCAGGUUCUGGUUCGGAGGCUGUGGCGGGAACGAGAACAACUUUGAAUCACAGGAACAAUGUGAAAAAGUUUGCGGUCAUGUGCUCACCAAACCUGGAGUCAUCGACGUGGUUGGCACCUAAGCGCUGGCGCGACGCAUACCUCUGAGAUGGAGUGGCCUUUCCAGCUGUCUGUGCAGAAGCUCUGGGGAGCCCGGCACUGUGCUAUUUCAUGCUUCGAGUGACACUCGAAUCUGGAGGAAACUUCUGCCUUGCGACCUGUCUGUCAAUAUGGUGCUAAACGAGUCUGUGGACCCCUCGCUCCUCGUCUCCUGCCGUGACGUCUGCACUGGGAACUUGUGACAGCUCUCCACCGUGGGCCACGUGUGAACAUUCCUGGUGCAGCCCCCCCGGGGCUCCAGUGGCCUAGAGCGUCACACCCCACGCCACAGCUUCUCCACCUGCUUACGCUUGGUUCAUUUCCUCCUUAGUUAGAUGCAGAGACAAGAGCCAACCUUUUCAUCCCCAAUUUCCUGGAUUAGGCUUUGAGCUGAUUUCUUCUUCUCAACCCUCUAACAAGUGCUCUAGUUAGAAGAAAGCAGAAUCCCCUGACCUGUGUGCACUGUUGGGACCAAAGCCUUAAUUAAAGAAUUCAAAGCAAGCCAUGAUAGGGAAUAUUUUUGGCAUUCCUCUAAUGUUGUUGUUUUUAUUUUGAGUG